AUGUCCAAGACGAAGACAAAAAUGAAGAGUCGGCCACAAGUAUACCCGCAACGCCCAUUCCACAUCAUACGAGCGAUAUCAUUUAUAUGCAGCGGUAUCGCGUCAGGCAUCUUGAUCUAUUUCUGCAUUCAACUUCGACAAGAUGGAUUCAAACUCCCAUGGACAUUCGUAUUGGUCCUCGCCUCAACCCUCUCCUCGCUCCUCACCCUCGUCCUCACCAGCAUCAUCUACUCGUGCGCAUACCUCUCGCCGCUCUUCAAUCUGAUCACCAACCUCCUCAUCCUGACCAUCUGGACCGUCGCCCUCGCCCUGUUGACAUGGAACAUGUACGGCACGCUCGGCCACAGCUGCAGCCGCGCGAACUGGGCCUCCGACGCCGGCAUGAUGGUGUGUCGGACGUACAAGGCUUUGUAUUCGUUCACGGUCUUCGGCUGGGUCGCGCAGGUCGCGCAGAUCGUGCUGGAUGUCCGGAGUCGGCGCGCGGAGACGGCGUUGGGGAGAUAUGAUAUGAUGAUGGCCGAUUCGAGGGAUUCGACGCUACAACUACAGCAGCUGCGGGAUUUCAAGGUGGGUGAUCAUCUGCGUGGGGAUAGUAGGAGCAGUAAUGGUGAUGGUGAUAUUGCCAAUUCCAAUACGAAUUCAAAUUUCAAUUCGGGGUUCUUGCCCGGCGGUGGUGGCGGUGGUGUUCAUGAUGGUCUUGGUCAUGGUCAUGGUCAUGGUCAUGGUGAUGAUGUGCCGUAUGGACUUCAUGAUUACAGGGCCAAUGCGGAGGGGAGACGACAUCCUGCUUUCAGAGAGAGAGCAAGAGAGAGAGAAACACAACCUCUCAACAACAAUGUCUAUAACUACAACUACAAGAACAACAACACCAAUUAUACCACAGGGCGUCGACCACCGGGUCAGCCUUUUUCGAGUCCUGAAUAUGGACGCACCGCGGCGCCAGCGAUACGGAUGGACGAUUUCAAUUACAGUCAAGCCCAAAACCAAAACCAUAAUCGCUAUGCGGCUCACACUGGAUAUAAAAAUGAUGGGUAUGGAUAUGGAUAUGGAUAUGGACCACAGCGGUAA